AUGACUUCAGCAUCUACAGAACAACCAAUCUCCAUUGCUAUCAUAGGCUCCGGUCUAAUCGGUCCUCGGCAUGCACAAUCAAUUCUUCAAAAUCCACAGGCCACUUUGCAUUCCCUCACAGAUCCUGCUCCACAUGCCGUCCAAAUUGCGACUUCCCUAUCGACCACCUACUACUCCUCGCUACCCUCCCUUCUCUCAUCCUCCUCGCUACCAAAGGCAGUCCUAAUCUGUACCCCAAACCAUACCCAUUUUCCCAUCGCCAUCUCUUGUAUCGAAAACUGGCAUAAAAUAUUUGGUCAUCAUCGACGCUUCAACCCCUAUCUUGUAUCUGCAAAAACUGAGCUUGAUUCUGGAGUACUCGGUCAAAUAAUUGGUGUUCAAGGUAUAUGGGCGUUGAAAAAGUCCUCAUCAUAUUUUGACGGUAUUGGAGAAUGGAGAAGAAAUGGUGAGAGCGGUGGCGUGGUGCUCAUUAAUUUGAUACAUGAACUCGAUUUGUUACAAUACUUACUAGGCAAGGUUACUAUGGUGUCUGCUAUUGAGAGUAAGAAAACUAGAGGCUUUGAUGCUGAAGAAGGAGGGGCGAUGAUAUUGCGAUUUGAGAGUGGAGUAGUAGGAACAUUUUUGCUAAGCGAUGCUGUUCCCUCUCCAUGGAAUUUCGAAGCUGGUACCGGAGAAAAUCCUACUGUCCCUCAGGUAGGUAAGGAGAAUGAUGCGGGUGGGUUCUAUCGAAUAUUGGGGACGAAAGGAGGUAUAAGUGUGCCUGAUUUAACAAGGUGGAGUUAUGAAGUUUGGGAUGGAGAGAAGGCGUGGAAUGAUGAGUUGAAAAAAGAUGAAAUACAGGUUGAUACUGAAAUUGUGCCUUUUGAUGAACAGAUCAAACACCUAGUCCAGGUAGUAAAGGAAGGUAAGAAACCAAUAUGCAGUGGGGAAGAGGGUUUGAGUGCGAUGGUGGUAUGCGAGGCAGUGAGAGUGGCAAUGAAGAGCAGGGAGAUGGUUGAGAUUGAGGGUCUUGAUAUUGUAAAGAAAAGUAGCAAGCAAAAUUAA